ACUGAUGAUGUCACCGUGGCUUCCGGUCCCUGGCUCUAUGCUCAGGCCCGAGCUAGGUCGGAGUUGGAGUUUUUCUUGGCAGACCCUGUGCUCGAUCCUGAGCGACGGAGGGUGGACUCGGUCAGAGCUGGGCUCGGGUCCCGCACCUCCUGCGCUGCCACCCCAUGCCUGACGGGUGUGAGAGCUGGACCUGGCCGAAGCAUGAUCCGCCGGGACCCCAACCCAUCGCCUGGAAGAGCCCACUCUCCCUGGAAGAAAGACCAUCCUUGAAGAGGAUGACUGAGACGUUAUGGGCCACGCACUGUGUGUCUGCUCCCGGGGAACUGUCAUCAUUGACAAUAAGCGUUACCUCUUCAUCCAGAAACUGGGGGAGGGGAGAUGACCAUGGUCCUUCACUGACCCCUUUGGCCUACAGUGGGUUCAGCUAUGUGGACCUGGUGGAGGGCUUACAUGAUGGACACUUCUACGCCCUGAAGCGAAUCCUGUGUCAUGAGCAGCAGGACCAGGAAGAGGCCCAACGAGAGGCGGACAUGCACCGCCUCUUUCAGCAUCCAAACAUCCUUCGCCUCAUGGCUUACUCUCUGAAGGAGCGAGGUGCUAAGCAUGAAGCCUGGCUACUGCUGCCCUUCUUCAAGAGAGGUACACUGUGGAAUGAGAUAGAAAGGCUGAAGGACCAAGGCAACUUCCUGACUGAAGACCAGAUCCUUCCGUUGUUGCUGGGUAUCUGCAGAGGCCUUGAGGCCAUUCAUGCCAAAGGUUAUGCACACAGGGACCUGAAGCCCACCAAUAUUUUGCUUGGUGAUGAGGGGCAGCCAGUUUUAAUGGACUUGGGUUCUAUGAGUCAAGCAUGCAUUCAAGUGGAGGGCUCUCGUCAGGCCCUGGCUCUACAGGACUGGGCAGCCCAGCGGUGCACCAUCUCCUACCGAGCACCUGAACUUUUUUCUGUGCAAAGCCACUGUGUCAUCGAUGAGCGGACUGAUGUCUGGUCCCUAGGCUGUGUGCUUUAUGCCAUGAUGUUUGGGGAAGGCCCUUACGAUAUGGUGUUCCAGAAGGGUGACAGUGUGGCCCUUGCUGUGCAGAAUGAACUUAGCAUCCCACAAAGCCCCAGGCACUCUUCAGCACUGCGACAGCUGUUGGCUUCCAUGAUGACUGUGGACCCCCAGCGGCGUCCUCAUGUCCCUGUCCUCCUCAGUCAGUUGGAGGCAUUGCAGCCUCCAGCUCCUGGCCAGCACACCACCCAUAUCUGACCAAAUCUCGGUGAGCGUGUUGGGAGGACGACCUUGAAGCAGCUUUCAGCAGCUUUGGAACUCCUUCCGUUCUACCUAGGGUGGCUCUCACGGCUAGGGCCAAGGAUGGGGGUCCUUGAGUAUUCUGCUCUCUUACCAAUACUUGGGCAAGGAGCCUGCCUAGGGGAAGUUGGGGGAAAAUGAAGCAAAAUGUGCCUCAAAGCUGGGCUGCUGGGCACACAUCAUGUUCUGCUUCCGGAUCUGGGAGCAGGAGGAGAAUAUAUAAAAGAAUAAAGUGAAAGCAGACCGUG